AAAAAAAAAAAAAUAUGUUCAUAACGUGAAUGAGAUCAGAAAGAAGAGGAUCAUACGGAUACGACGAAAGAUCAACAAAUGAAAAUUCUAUACAUCGAGCCAAAACUAUAAGCGACGAAGCUGAGCUAUGGCAUAAAUGGUUGUGCUCACACAUAAACCUUUUUAUACGAAUGGCAUCACGUUUGAAAGAAAUCGAAGAGGAAUAUAUAUCGGAACUAAAGAAAUUGCAACCCGAGAUGAUCGAAGAAAUACGAAGGAUUUUCGCAUACGAGGAGGACGCCAUUGCCGACGACGGAAUCGAGUAUCCGGAAGGAGUUGAGGAUUUUUACGACAUCGAACAAGUGCUCGCAGACAUCGUAAGCGGUAAGGAAAAGUCAGUCGAGAAGAAAGAUGAAGGAGAAGAACGUGCACUCGAGGAAAUCGUGGAGGAGGACGAGGAAAAAGAAGAAAUGGUGAAUGAGAAGAUAGUGAACGAAACUGAGGAAGAGGAGGAGAAAGAGGAGGCGGAGGAGGCGGAGGAGAAGGAGGAGGAGGAUGAGGAGGGGAAGGAACGUAUGGGUGGAGGUGCAGACCAACCGGAGGAGACUACCAACGAAGAAGAUUCUACUGCUGUUAUCUCGGAAAUGGAGGAAGAGAGGGUGGAGGAGAUUGAAGAAAAGGAGGAGGAAAAGGAAGAGAAAAAAGAAAACGAUGAAAUCGUCGAAAAGAAGGAUAAGGAUGAGAUAGUCGAUGAUGAUACGUCCGAGUAUCUGAAAGAGUGGCCCUUGGGAAUACAAUGGGAACCCUUUGGAAUUCAGAAAGAAAAGGAUCGUACGGAUAUUAUCGAAGCGAUCAAAGAGAUCGUAGGUAGAACGAUCAUGUCUACGGCAAAAUUACGUGGUAUCUUGAAGGAUGAAAACCCGGAGGCAAGUUUAAAACGGUGUUUGAACAAUUCGAAGGGUAGAGCUAAACGGAACUCUUGUUUUUCACCUCCUAUAAAACCUGCUCAAAUGAUGGCUCUUUCGAAACGAAUCGGCACGGAAGAGUUUUUGAAAGAGAUGGCACGUGCUGAGGAGGACAUACCGUAUUUUUUCUAUCGAAAAAUUGACCCGGACAUUGAGAUAGCAAUCAAGCACGAUGACGAGGAGGUUAUCCCAUUGGAUCCUGACAAUGAAGUUAUCUUUGUUCGCUUUUCUUCAUUCGCUGUUCCGAUGCAACGAACAUCGAGGACAAAGCAACGACGUGAGAUCGAGUUACGACCUCUUUUAUCCGAAAUGCACAUACAAACAUUUUUGCUUUCGCUAGAACUGGCACACGGGGAACAAUGA